UUAUUUCUAUUUUGACAUUAUUCUGUCUUUUGAGUCUUACAAACUGAAAAAAUUUCAAGAGAAGUUGCUGCUUGGUGCUCCACUCAGUUCCCAUGUUAGAUUUCUCUUUUUCAAGUAAGGUUGUCGUCUGGAUCUUUACUCUUCAUAGCUGCCUCCUUAUUAUUUAUUUCGUGGAAUUGUUUGUCUUAAUUGCAUUAAAGAGCAGUAGAGCAUAUGGAUUGUAAAGAACAAGAAUCAUCUUCACAAACAGGCUGUCUAGUUCUUAUAAUUUCAGUGUCAUUUUUUUCCAACUUUAAAUGUGGAUUUUAGCUUAAUUUGUACAGGGAAUCUAAUUCUUGUUUUUUGCUUUCAAUCUUUUUGAGUAUCGAAUCUUUUUCUUUCCCUCCAUUUCCCUCUUUCCCCUCCCCUAUAUACUAUCCCUAUUACUUGUUUGCUUGAUAGGAAAGCUGAAGAAACAACACUAAAUGAAAAUUUUGAAGCACAUGGAUCAGUGUGUCUUAAUUUGCAAUAGAUGAAGCACAAAGUUAAAAUUUGUGUAAUAAGAGGUAUGAUUGAGUUGAUGAUUUUAUUUCUAUGAUUAAUGAACUCUAUUUUCCGCUUCUUCUUACUAGUUUUGUUCAGCAAUGAAGACUGUAUUUCAGCUCAUUUAAAUUCAGUGCUUGUUCAUUUCUAUUCUUAGAUAUUCUCAUAGAGGAAGCAUCAGAUAUUUUUAGUCAUCUAACUUGUAUCUUUGAAAAAUUGUAUUGUAAGAACUGCUGAUGAAGUCCUGGUUUUCAUCUCCUUAGAGCCCAUGAUUCAAUUGACUGCAAAUUCUCCAGCAGUAGCAGUUAACAAAUUAAUUUGGGAUGCAUGAGGAUGGUUAUGCUAUUGAUCUGAAAUGAAUGCAAUUGUGCUUGUUUCGUAUCUCUUUGUUUUCUGUGGACUGUUUUCGAGUGGCUGUGGUAGGAAUGUUACUUCAAGACCUGCUAUUGUAAAUAUUGGAGCCAUUUUUUCAUUCGACUCUACCAUUGGAAGAGUCGCCAAGAUUGCCAUUCAGGAAGCUGUCAAAGAUGUAAAUGCAAAUUCUAGCAUUCUGCAUGGAACCAAACUUGCUGUCACAAUGCACAGCUCCAACUGCAGUGGGUUUACGGGCAUGGUUGAAGCUUUGCGAUUCAUGGAGAAUGAUAUCGUUGCUAUUAUAGGCCCACAAUCUUCUGUAGUUGCUCAUAUCAUAUCCCAUGUUGUAAAUGAACUCCAAGUUCCUCUGUUGUCCUUUGCCGCAACAGAUCCCACUCUUAACUCACUCCAAUUCCCCUUUUUUGUUAGGACAACACAAAGUGAUUCAUACCAAAUGGCUGCAAUAGCUGAAAUAGUUGAUUAUUAUGGUUGGAAGCAGGUAAUUGCCAUUUUUAUUGAUGACGAUUACGGACGAAAUGGCAUAUUAGCUCUAAGUGAUAAACUUGCUGAGAGGAGGUGUAAAAUCUCUUACAAAUUGGGGAUUCCACCAGACACUGAUGUUAGUCAGGGAGAAAUCAUGGAUAUUCUUGUUAAGGUUGCAUUAAUGGAAUCUCGAGUUGUUGUUCUUCAUGUAAAUCCUAAGUUAGGUUUUAGUGUCUUGUCUGUGGCAAAAUAUCUUGGGAUGAUGGGUAAUGGAUAUGUAUGGAUUGCCACAGAUUGGCUUUCAUCUUAUUUAGAUUCUUUUUCUCCCUUAUCUUCUGAGACCAUGAACACAAUGCAAGGAGUUCUUGCUUUACGUCAUUACACUCCAGAUUCAGAUAGGAAGAGAUCCUUUUCCUCUAGGUGGAGCAAGUUGGCUGGUGGUUCUCUGGGGCUGAAUUCUUAUGGGCUUUAUGCUUAUGAUUCUGUCUGGCUGGUUGCUCAUGCUAUUGACGCAUUUUUUGACCAGGGUGGGGUUGUCUCAUUUUCUAAUGAUCCCAGGUUGAUUCCUGCAGAAGGUGGUAAUCUUCAUCUUGAUGCAAUGAACAUUUUUGAUGGUGGAACACUACUGCUGAAGAACAUAUUGAAGAGUGAUCUUAUUGGUUUAACAGGUCCACUAAAGUUUGAUUCUGACAGAUCUCUGAUUCUUCCUGCUUAUGAUGUUAUUAAUGUGAUAGGAACUGGGUAUAGACGGAUUGGGUACUGGUCCAAUUAUUCUGGUUUAUCAACUGUUCCUCCAGAGACACUCUAUACGGGGCCACCGAAUCGUUCCAGUGUAAACCAGCAUUUGUACAGUGUCAUUUGGCCUGGAGAGACAGUAUUAAAGCCCCGUGGAUGGGUUUUUCCCAACAAUGGGAAGCAAUUGAGAAUUGGUGUGCCUGUUCGGUUUAGUUUCAAGGAAUUUGUAACACAAGUGCGAGGGACGGACACGUUCAAGGGUUUUUGUGUAGAUGUAUUUACAGCUGCUAUAAGUUUAUUACCAUAUGCUGUUCCAUAUCAAUUUAUCCCCUUUGGAAAUGGUAAAGAAAACCCCAGCUACACAGAACUUGUGAAUAAGAUCACGACCGGUUUCUUUGAUGCUGUCAUUGGUGAUGUUGCCAUAGUCACAAAUCGAACCAAAAUUGUGGAUUUUACACAGCCAUAUGUAGCAUCAGGAUUGGUUGUUGUGGCCCCAUUUAGGAAAUUGAACUCAGGGGCCUGGGCUUUCCUCCGACCAUUUAGUCCACUUAUGUGGAUUGUUAUUGGCAGUUUCUUCAUUGCUGUUGGCACAGUUGUCUGGAUUCUGGAGCAUAGGAUAAAUGAUGAGUUCAGGGGUCCACCUAAAAGACAAGUUAUAACUGUUUUAUGGUUCAGCCUCUCAACCCUAUUUUUUUCCCAUAGAGAAAACACUGUGGGCACCCUGGGUCGCUUUGUGCUAAUCAUAUGGCUCUUUGUAGUAUUAAUAAUUAAUUCAAGCUACACUGCAAGUCUUACAUCAAUACUCACAGUUCAGCGGUUAUUUUCUCCUAUCAGUGGGAUUGAAAGCUUAAAGGAAGGUGAUGAACCCAUAGGAUACCAAGUGGGUUCUUUUGUUGAAUAUUAUUUGAGCGAAGAACUUGGAAUAUCUAAAUCUAGGCUUGUUGCCUUAGGAUCACCUGAAGCAUAUGCUAAAGCACUCCAACUUGGUCCUAAAAAGAAGGGGGGUGUUGCUGCUGUUGUUGAUGAACUUCCUUACGUUGAACACUUCCUCUCAACCCAGUGUGCAUUCAGGAUUGUGGGUCAAGAAUUUACAAAAAGUGGCUGGGGCUUUGCAUUUCCACGGGACUCUCCUUUAGCUGUCGACAUGUCGACUGCAAUUCUAGCACUAUCGGAAAGUGGUGAUCUUCAAAGGAUCCAUGACAAGUGGCUCAUGCAUCGCAGUUGCAGUUCAGAUACAGCUGAACUUGAAUCAGAUAGACUUGAGUUGAAAAGCUUUUGGGGCCUCUUUCUCAUUUGUGCACUAGCUUGCAUCUUGGCUCUCUUCAUAUACUUUCUGCAGAUUAUACGCCAAUUAUAUCGUGCUCCCCCUACAGAAUCCACUUCCCCUGUUCAAGGUAGCUCACGCUCUGGGCGUAUUCACAGACUCUUAUCAUUAAUGGAUGAGAAGGAAGACCAUUCUGGGAAGAAGAAUAAGAGAAAGGUGGAAAGAUCAUUAUCUGAGAAUGAUAGGGAUGCAGAGUUGGGAAGGAAUACCAAGAGGAAGGGAGUAGAAAUGAGCUCCGGGAGCAACAUCAACCCCAGCAUUUAAUUCUGCAUGCUUGUUCAUGAGAAUAUACAGCCCCUUAAUUGUAUGAUUACACAAUAAUUUAACGAGACCAUAUUUUAGAGCCUUUUAAUUGUUUA